AUGGGAAGGAUAGGGGCAAAAGCUGGGGACAAGGCGCGUGUGCGCAAGUGGCUCAAGCGUGGAGCUGGGGUCAAUGCCCGCAACAAGGCCGGGUGGACAGCACUGAUGUACGCCGCCAAGGGCCACCACAACGAGCUGGUGGAGUACUUGGUGAGCAAGGGUGCUGAUGUCAAUGCUCUGGACAAGUACAAUGAGAGUGCUGCGGUCUGGGCCGCUACAGAGGGCCACUUUGAUACCGUGGCUCAGCUACUUGCUGCCGGCGCAGACGUCGAUGCCGCAAACGACGACGGCGAGUCGCUCCUGGCUCUGGCCGUCAUCUACGGCGACGUGCCGGCGGUUCGUGCUGUGCUUGCCGCCGGCGCUGCGGUCGAUAGCUCGGAUGCCAAGGGCUGGACUCCGCUCGUCCGUGCUAUUCGCUGCCAGUACUACGACAUGGUCCGCGAGCUGGUCCGCGCUCGCGCCUCGCUCGCUGUGACCGACGCCAAAGGCUGGACACCGCUGCACUGGGCAUCAUCGCUCGGCGACCUGCGGGCGGUUGAGUUUCUGCUCGGCGCCGGCGCUGAUCCGUCGGCGACUGCUGGGCCCGACAACGUCACGCCGUACGACGUGGCUGGCUCGCUCGAGGUCAAGCUCUUCCUCCAGGCCGGCCAUGGGCUCAAGUAUCCGUCGCUUGUUCACCGCGGCAGCAGCGGGGCCGCCAUGGCCGGCAGCGCGUAUACUGAGCUGCAGGUUGGCGGCGACGAGGCUGUUGCCGUCAAGCGGGCGCGCGACCACGCAGCGCGGGCGGCGGCGGCGCGGACGCGGGCCCAGCACGAGACCGAGCUCCUGAGCGAGCUGCACGCGUCGCUCCACGGCGCACCCGGCGGGCCUGAACGUGCGCCCGGCGGCUCAGCGCCGAUCCGCACCGGAGUCAGCGCCGAGCUGCAGGCACGGCUGGCGGCGGCGUACCGGUCGUCGUCAGCGGCACGCGAGUCGGCGCAGGUGGCGGCGUCGAGCGCGCCGGCGCCGGGUGCGGCGCUCUCGCUGGCACAGGCGGCGGCAGCCGGCCGGGUCGACGUCAUUCACCGACUGCUUGACGAGGGCCAAGCGGCCGACGAGGAGGAUCCAGCAACCGGGUGGACGCCGCUCCACUUUGCGGCCCAGGCCGGGCAUGCACCCGCGCUGCAGGCGCUCACCUCACGCGGCUUUGUCGACGUCAACCGGGUCGGCGAGCCCGGAGUGACGCCACUGCUCCUCGCGUCGGCUGCCGGCCACUGGGAGGCUGCCGACGUGCUGGUGGCGCACUCGGCGGCGCUCGACGUGUUCGACCCGAACGACGAGUGCCCGCUGCAGCAUGCAGCGCGGGCCAACAACUUUGUUAAGGUCCAGCACUUGGCCAGCCUCGGCUCGCCGGUGGACGUCAUCGACGCGCGUGGCAUGUCGCCGAUCCACUGGGCGGCUGUCCACGGCUCGCGCGACAUGGUCAAGAUGCUCCUCGGGGCCGGGCUUGGCAUCAACGACGCGGACGACGAUGGCUGGACCGUCCUUCACCACGCGGCGUACAACGAUCGCGCCAGGCUCGUGACCUGGCUCCUUCGCCACGGCGCCAAGUCCGGGGCCAAGACGGCGUCCGGCGAGCGCCCUGCUGACGUUGCCUCGGCGUCAGCCCAGCAGGCCAUCAAGAACCACAUCUACGAGUCGAAGCUCGUCCGCGCCGCCGAGGACGCCAAAGACGAGAUGGUCAAGCACCUUGUCGACGCCGUGGGUGUCGACGUCAACGCCACCAACGCCGCCGGCAACUCGGCGCUCAUGUACGCGGUCAUGUACGAGAACGUCGAGCUCACACAGUUUUUGCUCGCCCACGGCGCCGACCCCUCGGUCAUGAACACCGACGAGCGGACGCCGCUCUGGUUUGCAGCGCAGUAUGCCGAUCCACAGCUCUCGCUCCUCCUCGCCGACGCGCUGACCGCGGCCCAUGCCGCUGCCGCCAACAAGCUUGCCGCCGUUUACCUGCAGGACUAUUCACACACCGACGCUCAGACGCUCGCAUACACGUCGGACAACGACCGCGACGUCUUCGUCUACCUCCGCUCAGCACCGUCGCAGUUUGCGCCGCGCCGCGCCCGGACCGACGCCUCGCCGGCCGCCGUCGACGACUCGAUCAUGCUCCACCCGCCGCCGCGUGUCGACUUCCGCUGGUCCGCCCCGCUUGUCGACUACCUCAUGGCUGGCCGCAAGUCGAUGAACGUCAAGGACUCUGCCGGAGAGACACCGCUUUUCUACGCCGCUCGUACCGGCGACCUGGACCUUGCCCGCGAGAUGCUCCUCCGCGGCGCCGCUGCCUCUUCGGUCAACGACGCCGGCCAGACGCCUGCAAAUGUGGCCGCCGCGCCAGCCCUCGGCGACAUGCUUGCCUCGUCGGCCCGGGACCCCAUCCACGUGUGGAAGUCGAAGAGCAAGUGA